CCCGCGGAAGAUGGCGGUGGCUGGGCCCGCGAGCCGGGAGCCUCUGGUGCGCUGGUGCACGCAGCAGUUGCGGAAAGCCUUCGCCCUGGAUGUCAGCGAGGAGAUCGUACAGUAUGUUUUGUCAAUUGAGAAUAUUGAAGAGAUACGAGAAUAUAUGACAGACCUCCUCCAAGGAAAUGAGGGCAAGAAAGGUCAAUUCAUAGAAGAUCUUAUAACUAAAUGGCAAAAGAAUGAUCAAGAGUUGAUUUCUGAUCAUUUACAGCAGUAUUGCAAGAAAGAUGAAAUUAUAGAUGGGCAGAGGUCCACAGACCAGCUGAAGCGAGGUAGGCGGAAAGGAAGAAACAAACAGGAAGUUCCUGCAUUUGCUGAACCUGAUACAACUGUAGAGGUCAAAACACCUUUUGAUUUGGCCAAGGCACAAGAAAGCAACUCGGCAAAGAAGAAGACAAAAUUUGUCAAUUUAUACACAAGAGAGGGACAGGACAAACUUGCAGUCCUACUUCCUGGUCGCCACCCUUGCGAUUGCCUGGGCCAGAAGCACAAGCUCAUCAACAACUGUCUGAUCUGUGGGCGCAUUGUCUGUGAGCAAGAGGGUUCUGGCCCCUGCCUGUUCUGUGGCACAUUGGUAUGUACUCAAGAAGAACAGGAUAUUUUACAGCGUGACUCAAACAAAAGCCAAAAAUUGCUGAAGAAGCUUAUGGCAGGGAUGGAGAAUUCUGGAAAGGUGGACAUUUCUUCCAAAGACCUUCUUCCUCAUCAAGAAUCUCGAAUUAAGUCUGGUUUAGAGAAGGCUAUCAAGCAUAAAGAGAAACUAUUAGAGUUUGACAGAACCAGCAUUCGGAGGACCCAAGUCAUUGAUGAUGAGUCAGAUUACUUUGCCAGUGAUUCUAACCAGUGGCUUUCCAGACUUGAGCGAGAGACCCUUCAGAAGCGAGAGGAAGAACUGAGAGAGCUUAGACACGCCUCUCGACUCUCUAAAAAGGUCACCAUUGACUUUGCAGGCCGGAAGAUUCUGGAAGAAGAAAACCCCCUGGCAGAGUAUCACAGCAGAUUAGAUGAGACAAUACAGGCCAUUGCUAGUGGAACAUUGAACCAGCCACUGAACAAAUUGGAUAGAUCUUCUGAAGAGCCUUUGGGAGUUCUGGUAAAUCCCAACCUGUACCAGUCGCCUCCCCAGUGGGUGGACUACCCAGGUGCAACCUCACAGAAGAGGACUUUACCUUCGGCAGAGUUCAGUUUAUACCAGCACCAGUUGCGAGUCCAAGAUCAGGAAUUUCAGGAAGGUUUUGAUGGUGGCUGGUGUCUGUCUAUGCAUCAGCCUUGGGCCUCCCUGCUUGUCAGAGGCAUUAAAAGGGUGGAAGGCAGAUCCUGGUACACCCCCCACAGAGGACGACUUUGGAUAGCAGCCACAGGCAAAAAACCUUCCCCUCAAGAAGUCUCAGAACUCCAGGCUACGUACUGUCUUCUUCGUGGAAAAGAUGUGGAAUUUCCAAACGAUUAUCCCUCAGGCUGUCUCCUGGGAUGUGUGGACCUAAUUGAUUGCUUGUCCCAGAAGCAGUUUAAGGAGCAGUUUCCAGACAUCAGUCAAGAAUCUGAUUCUCCAUUUGUUUUCAUCUGCAAAAAUCCCCAGGAAAUGGUUGUGAAGUUUCCUAUUAAAGGAAAUCCAAAAAUCUGGAAACUGGAUUCCAAGAUCCAUCAAGGAGCAAAGAAGGGGUUAAUAAAGCAGAAUAAAGCUGUCUGACCCACCCAGGAGAACUGGAACUAUCCAGCAAGGUGGAGUCAUGGAUUUAAGCUGCUGUCCACCAGUCCUUUGGAACUGAAGCAAUAGAAACCUAAAAAGCUUGACUCUGCGAAUUUAAAUUCUUACCAAAUCUAUAUAUUUUUCUUAAAGAAUGGGAAUUCUUUAUGCAGUA